GGACGACCAGUUGUGGUGGUUCAAUCCCACGGUCUAUGCUGCCAUCGUAAAUCCAAAAUGGCGGACUGCAUCGAUUCGCCGUUAGAAUUUUCUGAUUUUGUUACACCUACACCCCUGAACCCGAUUAUUAAAGGCACUGAAACAAAGCAUUUCUUACCUAGAGAAAUAUUUACAUCAGAUAACGAUGAAUUUAACUUCUUUUUAAUCGGCGUUGAUCUCGAACGAGAAACUAGUGUUGCGUGUCAUGAUCAAGUCAAUAAAAUUCAAGUCCAAGAGUGCCAAGACUCUUCACCACAUCUUGAAAAUACUGACAUAAAUGAGGAAAUGCUUCAUCCUCCCAGCUCAUCCGUGUCAUUAACCUUUCCUACAUUACAAGAUAUUAAAUCACCCAGGGCAGGAAAUUCUUUUAAUUCUCCAGUACUUUUUGAAAUUGGAUUUGACAAAAGGUCUGAUAAAGUUGAAGUCAUUGAAAUUCCGACAGAACCAAAUAGAAAUCUACAAGAAGCUUUUCUUGAAUUUCGCAAAAAACGACAGGUAGGGAUUCACCUGUUCAUACCCUAA